GGCCGUCCAGCCGAGAAAGGAAAAGAAUCAACACAGGCGGGCCUUUGGCAACAGCUCUUGCUUCGGUCGCAUACGCCUCUCCUCUGAAAACCCUUCUAUCGCCUCUCCGCCGCCGCGCCGCCACUUCCCCUCUCCCGUCGACGCGAGAUCGAGCUAGCGUUGGGGGUUCCCGAGACCGGCUGCGAUGGCGACAGAGCAAGCGGCGGAGAACUACACGGUGGAGGACCUCGUGGCCCUGAACCCCUACAACCCCGACAUCCUCAACGACCUCGAGAAGUUCGUCAACGAGCAGGUCUCGUCUCAAACAUAUAACCUGGAUGCAAAUCUCAGCCUUCUUCGCCUGUACCAGUUCGAGCCAGAAAGGAUGAGUAUACAGAUUGUGGCCCACAUACUGAUUAAGGCUCUCAUGGCAAUGCCGGCCCCGGACUUCAGUCUUUGCUUAUUCUUAAUACCUGAACAUGUGCAAAUGGAGGAGCAGUUCAAGACAUUGAUAGUUCUUUCUCACUACCUAGAGACUGCUAGGUUCAGUCAGUUUUGGGAUGAAGCAGCAAAGAACCGCCACAUAUUGGAAGCAGUUCCAGGUUUUGAACAGGCAAUCCAAUCCUAUGCGAUUCAUGUACUUUCCUUGACAUACCAGAAAGUUCCAAGGCCUAUUCUUGCAGAGGCAAUCAACAUUGAAGGUCUUGCGUUGGACAAGUUUCUUGAGUAUCAUGCUGCAAACUCAGGUUGGGUGAUUGAGAAGGGUGGGCAGUCUCAAGUGAUUGUUCUUCCACGCAAUGAGUUCAAUCACCCAGAGCUCAAGAAGAACACAGCUGAUAUCGUUCCCUUUGAGCACGUAACACGCAUAUUCCCUGUCCUUAGCUGAUUCAGGCGAGCUGAGAGAUUUAUAUAAAACUCAGCGAGUGAAGCUUCUCUAAGCAAUCGUAUCGUCUGUUUUGUAGUGUGCUGUAUCUUGAGAUUUUGAGAUUAUAUCUCGGUGUACCUGUUUUUUUUUUUGUCUGAAUUGGUCCCUGCAACUUAUGGUUAUUACUACUCUAACGAAAUGAUCAGUUAUGAGAUUGGUCUGCCCUAAAUCCUAA